AUGUCACAAGAAUCCAAGGCUGAAGAGGAUGUCGACCUCGGCGAGUUCGUACCCACUCUUGAAGGCGUAUCCACCUUCGCGCCUUGGCUUCAGUAUCUCACACGCUCCCUGGAGCCAAUGCAAAUGCGCAUCCUCAAAGGCGAGGAGCCCGCGCCUGCACUCCCUGACAAGAUAACCCACACCGUGGACUCUGCGCGCGCAGCACUCAGCCACGAGCUUCGAGUGCCACCGGAAUUCAUACUCGAGAAGGAGGUCACGGAAUCUCUAGGCUGGAACGCCCAGAGCAACGCUCAGCUCGACGAGCUUUUUCAAAGCAAGAUUCCCCACUGGAACAAUGCUCUGCUCUGCCUUCGGGCUACACUCGGUGAAGAAGCGAGGAAGCUCAUCCAGGACAUCGACAAUGCCCCCGAGGCAUUCAAGAAAAUCAGAAUCUUCUACCGCAAGCAUAGACACGAGACUCUAGCUGAACGGUGGUCUGCAUGGGUGAACUUUCGCUACGUGGGCGGCUCCCGACCAGAUUUCGUGCGCCGCUUCACCGAAAAACUACAAGAGGUCGAAGAGAUCGGUGACAUUCUGGAUCAGAAACUUGUCCUGGCUCAAUUUCUCCAUGCAAUCGCUCCUGACGACGGAGUUUCCCAGUUCCUCUCACGAGUAUCGCCCCAUCUCGACGAUCCGGAGCUGAUGAUACUCACGUGCGAGGAAUUCACACACCAGCACACGCCAAAGUACGGUUCCGUACCUGGAGCCGAUGCAGAGAUGGGCAGCCGAGUGACAAUCAAACGCGAGAGCAACGGACAUGGACUCAUCUAUUGUCCCCACCACAGACACGCCGUGAGACAUUCGCCUUCAGCAUGCCGUCUGGGUCGGAAGAUAAGGGCUUACCAAGCUUCACAAUCCCGGGCCUCAACGAUGCGAGGCAGAGGCCCCGAUCCGCGCAUAAGCACCAAGCGGCGUCGUCAGGACUCGUGGGAGCCUGCGUGCGGCGUUCCCACCGACCGCUUCGGCCGAUCCCUUGAGACUACUUUCCCCACAUAUGCGGGAUGA